AUGACACGCAGCCCAGCGUUGCUGCUGCUCCUAGCAGGAACAGCAUUUGCAGCGCGCAACUGCUCGACGUUCUGGGUGCCGCCUCCGGAAGGACGGAGGCGACUGUCCAGCGCGAGCAUCCACUACACGGGCACCAAAACAACACCGACGCUCGUCGUCGCGUCGAACCACAAGACGGGCACGUUCCUGUCGCGGUGCGUCGUCGCCGUGCUGCAGCGCUUCGGCCAGCCCGUGGCCCUCGGCGGCGGCCACGUCUCCGGCGGCUUCGGCCGCGACGCCUACCUCUUCCAGGUCAACUUCGCGCGGGACCCGUUCGUGCUCGUCGACAGCGGCUACCGCUACCACCGCACGGGGCCCGAGACCUGGACGCGGGUGGCCCUCGACGGCGCGCCGCCGGGCAAGCAGUACCAGGGCGAGGGCGCCGCGUUCCGCGCGUUCGCGGCGGCGGCGGGCUCGCCGGCGGCCGCGGCCGCGUGCGCCUCGGAGGCGCUCGGCGCCGCGCCCGCGGAGCCGCCGCGGCGGAACGAGACCUACGCCGACGCGCUCGGCCGCUUCUCCCUCCGCGACGGCCUCCUCUUCGAAGCGCUGCGGUCGCUGCACCGCGACGUGCCCUACGUCGUGAGGGCCGCCGUCGACUGCGGCGCCCAGGGCGCCCACUGCACGACGCUGCUGCUCGACGACAUCAUGGCGGACCUGCCCGGCGCGUUCCGGCGCAUCGCGCGGGCCUUCCGCCUCGCGGACGUCGAUCGGCUCGCGGCGCCGCUCGCGGCCGGCGCCGUCGAGCGCGCGUUCCUCGACGCGUGCGGCCCGGAGUCGACCUUCGUCGCGUCGAAGAAGGACGGCUCCGCGACGGCCCGCGACGCCGGCAGCCACCGCAACGGGCCCGACGCGGAGCGCGCGGGCCGCCUCGCGACGCUCCGCGACAUCGACGCGGUCUACCUCGGCGGCCGCCUCGCCGCGGCGAACGCGACGCUGCGCCGCCACCUGCGAUAG